UUACCAUUCUGUGUAUCGAUUUGGGCACAGAUAUGGUUCCCGCGAUUUCAUUGGCUUACGAGAAGGCAGAGAGCGAUAUAAUGAAGCGAAAGCCCAGAGACGCCAAGAAUGACAAAUUGGUGAACGAAAGGCUGAUAUCCAUGUCUUACGGACAGAUAGGUAUGAUGCAGGCCAGCGCCGGCUUCUUCACCUACUUUGUCAUUAUGGGUGAGAAUGGCUUUAUGAUGAAGGACUUGAUUGGUAUCCGACAGCAGUGGGACUCGAAAGCUGUGAACGACGUGAGAGACUCGUACGGCCAGGAAUGGACGUAUAAUGAUAGAAAAGUGUUGGAAUUCACAUGUCAUACGGCUUUCUUCAUAUCGAUUGUGAUCGUCCAAUGGGCUGACCUCAUCAUCUGUAAGACCCGACGCAACUCAUUAGUACACCAGGGAAUGGAUAAUCAUGUGCUCAACUUUGGGCUCUUAUUCGAGACGGUGUUGGCCGCUAUCUUGUCGUACGGGCCCGGUAUGGAUAAAGCGCUCAGAAUGUAUCCAAUGAAG